AUGUCAUCUACGUUUUAUAGCAGGUUCUCUUCGUUCGCUCGAUCUUCUUCAUUCAGCCCGAAUCUAGGUCGAAGUAAAUCUUGGACUUCCGGGGGUCAAUCUACUGCUGGAACUGGGCGGACAGGAAGUAACAACUCGUAUUUCCAUCAGCGACCCAAAAUCAGAAAGGAUGGUGAUAAGAAGACACUUGAUACAUUAAUCAACCUCAGAUCCGUAGGCGACGAAUAUGAAAAUGCAUUGUCAACUGAGAAUCACGGGCAUUGGGGAUUCUUAUCAUCUAAUCAGACGGAUCAAUUGCCUCGAGCUGUUCGACCUCAAUUUUCAAGAUCGAAUUCAAAUAUAUCACAAUUGUCCAGUUCGUCAUGCGGAUCCGGAUGUGAUAUCAGCGAAAAAUGGAUUUACAAAUCCAUGCGACGUCGGUCCAGCAAUGGAUGGAACUUUGAGCCGAGCCUGAAUCUGAUCGGGGAGAGUAGUAUCGAUACCCUUAUCGACCAAGCUUCAAUGUGGAAUCAUCAAGAGGAGGAGGAGGAGGAGGAUUUUACUUCUGAGACAGAAUCGAAUGAGAUGGACAUUGAGAGUUACCAAUCGAGCAGUAGUGCCACAUGA